CAGUGUGUAAAGAAUCUUUCACUCAAAAGAACAUUCUCUUGGUCCAUUAUAAUUCAGUGUCUCAUUUACAUAAACUCAAAAAGGUUUUGCAGGAAGCAUCAAGUCCUGUCCCUCAAGAAAGCAACAGCAGCACUGAUAACAAACCCUACAAAUGCAGCAUUUGUAAUGUUGCAUAUAGCCAAAGUUCUACGUUGGAAAUCCAUAUGAGAUCUGUGCUUCAUCAGACUAAGGCAAGGGCUGCAAAAUUAGAACCAAGUGGUAAUAUAACUAGUGGAAAUAGUGUAGCAGGGAAUGUUAAUAGCCCUAGCCAAGGGAUGCUAGAUUCUAUGAGCUUACCAGCAGUUAACAGCAAAGAUACCCACUUAGAUGCCAAAGAAUUAAAUAAAAAGCAAGCUUCUGAAUUAAUUUCUGCUCAGCCUACACAUCAUCCAUCCCAGUCACCAGCACAACUUCAAAUGCAAUUACAACAUGAACUGCAACAGCAAGCUGCAUUCUUUCAGCCCCAGUUUCUAAACCCUGCAUUUUUGCCUCACUUUCCCAUGACACCAGAAGCAUUGCUGCAAUUUCAACAGCCUCAAUUCCUUUUUCCAUUCUACAUACCUGGGACAGAAUUUAGCCUGAGCCCAGACCUGUGUUUGCCUAGUUCUGCCACAUUUGGUAUGCCUGGAAUGGCAGGGAUGGCAGGAUCACUGCUGGAAGAUUUAAAGCAGCAGAUACAAACUCAACACCAUGUUGGACAAACGCAACUACAAAUCUUACAGCAACAAGCACAACAGUAUCAAUCAACACAACCCCAAAUUCAGUCACAAAAACAGCAUCAGCAAAGUAGCAAACUAAUGAAACAGGAGCAAAAUAGUCUAGUAAGUGCAGACUGCCAGCUGAUAAAGGAUAUGCCAUCAUAUAAAGAAUCAGAAGAGAUUUCUGAGAAACAAGAAAAGCCAAAGCAAGAACUGACAAAUGAAAGUGAAGGACUAAAGGAGAACAAAGAUAUGAAGAAGCAGAAAUCCUCAGAACCAACCAUUCCACCACCUAGAAUAGCUUCUGGGGCUAGAGGAAACGCAGCCAAAGCUUUGCUGGAGAAUUUUGGCUUUGAGCUAGUUAUUCAGUAUAAUGAAAACAGACAAAAAGUACAGAAAAAAAGUAAGACCAGUGAAGGUGAAAACACAGACAAAUUGGAAUGUGGAACAUGUAGUAAACUAUUUUCUAACAUUCUUAUUUUGAAGAGUCAUCAAGAGCACGUGCACGGUCAGUUUUUUCCUUAUGGAGCACUAGAGAAAUUUGCCCGUCAAUACAGGGAGGCUUAUGACAAGCUUUACCCAAUUUCACCAUCCUCUCCAGAAACACCGCCACCACCACCACCCCCCCCGCCUCCCCCCCCGCCACCCCCUCCGCCCCCUCCGCCACCAUCUUCAGCGCCACCUCAGGUCCAGCUGCCUGUUUCAUUAGAUCUUCCGCUUUUCCCUCCAAUUAUGAUGCAGCCAGUGCAACAUCCUGCGUUGCCUCCUCAGCUUGCCCUCCAACUACCACCCAUGGAUACUUUGUCUGCAGAUCUUACUCAGCUUUGUCAGCAGCAGCUAGGAUUAGAUCCCAACUUCCUACGACAUUCUCAGUUCAAGCGUCCACGUACAAGAAUCACAGAUGAUCAGUUAAAAAUCUUGCGGGCUUAUUUUGAUAUUAACAAUUCUCCAAGUGAAGAACAGAUUCAAGAAAUGGCUGAGAAAUCUGGCCUUUCCCAAAAAGUUAUCAAACACUGGUUUCGUAAUACACUUUUUAAGGAACGACAAAGAAAUAAAGAUUCCCCAUACAACUUUAGUAAUCCUCCCAUAACUGUCUUGGAAGAUAUCAGAAUUGAUCCUCAACCCACUUCUUUAGAGCAUUACAAAUCUGAUGCAUCUUUCAGCAAGAGAUCAUCUAGAACAAGGUUUACUGACUACCAGCUUAGGGUCUUACAAGAUUUUUUUGACACAAAUGCUUAUCCAAAGGAUGAUGAAAUUGAACAACUUUCAACUGUACUUAACCUACCUACUCGAGUUAUUGUUGUAUGGUUCCAAAAUGCACGACAGAAAGCUCGCAAAAGUUAUGAAAAUCAAGCAGAAACUAAAGAUAAUGAAAAAAGGGAACUCACUAAUGAGCGCUAUAUUCGAACUAGCAACAUGCAAUAUCAAUGUAAAAAGUGCAACGUAGUUUUUCCCAGAAUUUUUGAUUUGAUUACACACCAGAAAAAACAGUGUUACAAAGAUGAAGAUGAUGAUGCUCAAGAUGAAAGCCAAACAGAAGAUUCCAUGGAUGCCACAGAUCAAAUGCUAUAUAAAAGUUUCACAGUUUCUGGCCAAACAGACUCAUCAAAAAGUACAACGGCGACAGCAGCAAGCUCUGGUUCUGGUUCUAGUACUCCUUUAUUGCCAUCACCCAAACCAGAGCCUGAGAAGAGUUCUCCUAAACCUGAGGCAACGGAAAAGCCAAAGCAAAAUGACAUCACCCCUAAGCAAAUUGAUACCACUUCACAAGUCACCAAACCAGUACAGUCUGCACCAAUAACUUCCUCUGAUCCACAGCCCUCAGUCUCUCAGCCACAACAGCAAAAACAACCACAGAUGGUAGGACGACCUCCUUCUGCAUCACAAACCACACCAGUUCCUUCCAGUCCUAUGUCAAUUUCAGUGACUUCUCUACAGAACAGUCUACCUCCUCAGUUACUACAAUACCAAUGUGACCAGUGUACAGUUGCCUUUCCAACUCUAGAACUUUGGCAAGAGCACCAGCACAUGCAUUUCCUAGCAGCCCAAAACCAAUUUCUUCACUCUCAGUUUUUAGAAAGACCCAUGGAUAUGCCCUAUAUGAUAUUUGACCCCAAUAAUCCUCUGAUGACUGGACAAUUGCUUAAUAGUUCUCUUGCUCAGAUGCCCCAGCAGACAAGCUCAUCACAUACAUCCCACCCUGCUACAGUUUCUGGCUCACUUAAACGAAAACUGGAUGAUAAAGAAGAUAAUAAUUGUAGUGAAAAGGAGGGAGGAAACAGUGGUGAAGACCAACAUCGUGAUAAGCGCUUGAGAACUACCAUUACUCCAGAGCAGCUGGAAAUACUCUAUGAAAAAUACCUAUUAGAUUCUAAUCCUACCAGAAAGAUGCUAGAUCAUAUUGCACGUGAAGUGGGACUUAAAAAGAGAGUAGUACAAGUCUGGUUUCAGAACACACGAGCCCGAGAAAGAAAAGGACAGUUCCGUGCAGUAGGUCCAGCCCAGUCACAUAAAAGAUGUCCUUUUUGUCGAGCACUGUUUAAAGCAAAGUCAGCUUUGGAAAGUCACAUUCGUUCUCGGCACUGGAAUGAAGGAAAACAGGCAGGUUAUAGUUUGCCUCCAAGUCCGUUAAUAUCAACUGAAGAUGGAGGAGAAAGUCCACAAAAAUAUAUAUUUUUUGAUUAUCCGUCACUAUCGUUAACAAAGAUUGAUCUAUCAAGUGAAAAUGAAUUAGCCUCCACAGUGUCAACCCCUGUUAGUAAAACUGCAGAGAUGUCCCCAAAGAAUCUUUUAAGCCCUUCUUCUUUCAAAGCGGAGUGCAGUGAGGAUAUAGAACAUCUGAAUGCCCCUCCUGCUGACUCUGGGUAUGAUCAAAAUAAGACUGACUUUGAUGAGACUUCAUCAAUUAAUACAGCGAUUAGUGAUGCCACAACAGGAGAUGAGGGAAACAAUGAAAUGGAAAACAUGACUGGUAGUUCAGGGGAUGUGAAACCUGUAUCAUCUCCCAAAGAUCCAAAAACACUUGUGAAUGAUUCUUUUUCAAAAACAGCAAGCACACCUACGAUUGAGAAUUGUGAUGAAAAGUUUCUCUUCUCCCUUACUAGCCCAUCGGUACAUUUCAGUGACAAAGAUGGUGAUCAUGACCAAAGUUUUUACAUUACUGAUGAUGCUGACGAUAAUGCCGAUCGCAGUGAAACAUCAAGCAUUGCAGAUCCAAGUUCGCCCAACCCAUUUGGAGCUAACAACCCCUUUAAAUCCAAAAAUAGUGAUCGACCAGGUCACAAACGUUUUCGAACACAAAUGAGUAACCUCCAACUUAAAGUCCUCAAGGCUUGCUUUAGUGACUAUCGGACUCCAACCAUGCAAGAAUGUGAAAUGCUAGGGAAUGAGAUUGGUUUGCCCAAACGGGUGGUCCAGGUUUGGUUCCAGAAUGCCCGGGCAAAAGAAAAGAAAUUCAAAAUUAACAUAGGGAAGCCAUUCAUGAUAAAUCAGACUGGACCUGAUGGGACAAAGCCAGAAUGUUCUCUGUGUGGGGUGAAGUAUUCUGCACGUUUAUCUAUAAGAGACCAUAUCUUUUCCAAACAACAUAUUUCAAAAGUGAGAGAAACUGUAGGAAGUCAGCUAGAUCGGGAGAAAGAUUAUUUAGCUCCCACAACCGUUAGACAGCUGAUGGCACAGCAGGAAUUGGAUCGUAUAAAGAAGGCUACAGAUGUACUAGGCUUAACAGUACAGCAGCCAGGCAUGAUGGACAGCAGUUCACUUCAUGGUAUCAGUUUGCCAGCAGCUUACCCAGGACUCCCUGGCCUUCCUCCUGUUCUUCUGCCUGGAAUGAAUGGUCCAUCCUCCUUGCCUGGAUUUCCACAAAGUUCAAACACUUUAACAUCUCCUGGUGCAGGCAUGCUUGGGUUUCCUACUUCAGCUACUUCGUCUCCUGCGCUGUCUCUCAGCAGUGCCCCCUCCAAAUCUUUGCUGCAGACUCCACCACCUCCACCACCACCUCCUCCUCCUCCUCCUCCUCCAUCCUCUUUGUCAGGACAGCAGACAGAGCAACAGAACAAAGAAUCUGAGAAAAAAAAUAGUAGUAAUAAACCAAACAAGGUCAAAAAAAUCAAAGAGGAGGAAUUAGAGGCCAACAAACCUGAAAAACAUAUGAAAAAAGAGGAAAAAAUCUCAUCUGCUCUUUCAGUGUUGGGCAAAGUUGUAGGAGAAACGCAUGUGGACCCUACUCAGUUGCAGGCACUUCAAAAUGCAAUUGCUGGUGAC